CCGUCCGGCGCCGGGCAUGGGGCGGCGGCGGCGGGGGCGCUGCCGGAGCCGGCGGGCGGCUGCUCCUGCUGCCUGGCGGCGGCGCUGCCGCUGCUGCUGCUGCUGCUGCCCGCCGGGUGCCCGGUGCGGGCGCAGAACGACACGGAGCCCAUCGUCCUGGAGGGGAAGUGCCUGGUGGUCUGCGACUCCAGCCCCUCGGCCGACGGCGCCAUCACCUCCUCCCUGGGGAUCUCGGUGCGCUCGGGCAGCGCCAAGGUGGCCUUCUCGGCCACCCGCAGCACCAACCACGAGCCCUCCGAGAUGAGCAACCGCACCAUGACCAUCUACUUCGACCAGGUAUUAGUUAAUAUUGGCAACCAUUUUGAUCUUACUUCCAGUAUAUUUGUAGCACCAAGAAAAGGGAUAUAUAGUUUCAGUUUCCACGUGGUCAAGGUCUAUAACAGACAAACCAUCCAGGUAAGUUUAAUGCAAAACAACUACCCAGUGAUUUCAGCUUUUGCAGGGGAUCAGGACGUCACCAGAGAAGCAGCCAGCAAUGGGGUCUUGCUCCUCAUGGAAAGAGAAGACAAAGUGCAUCUCAAACUGGAAAGGGGUAACCUCAUGGGAGGGUGGAAAUAUUCAACCUUUUCCGGCUUCUUAGUCUUUCCACUAUAAAAGAAGGCCAAAUAGGAGACAGAUCCAUGAGCCGGAGCAAGGAUUCAAUUGCUAAUGACACCCUGAACUUGGCAGCACAUGACAAUAUUUUCAGUCACCCCGUCAGACUGUCACAGUAGAAGAAUGAUAGCCUUCUAAACUCCAACAUUUGCUUUGAAUAUUGACAAUUCCUUGGAACCUGCGCCUCUAAUUAGUUUUAGACAACAGUGAUCUUUAGGAGAAAUGAAAUUAUCGACCUGAGCAAUUUGUACCUGUGAUUGUAAAGUCAAUUUUGGAUUUUAUUGUUGGGAUCAUUGACUUUCUUAUUCUUUUUAUUUUUUCCUCUCUUUCAUUUUUUCCUCUUUUUCUUUCUCUUGUUGUUGUCCCAAUGAAACAAAUAACUCGGACCACAGAAUCGCUUUGUCAAAGGCUCACUCUAGAGCCAGAAGAAUGGAGUGUUCAGCCCAAUGAGGUGUCCUUCCAUGCUUUAUUUCUUUGUGUUGUAUAGCCUUAAGGAAAAAAAAAAAAAAAAAAAAAAAAAAAAAAAAAAAAAAAAAAAAAGAAUGGCUUCAGUCUCAGUCCUGUAUUUUUUCUGGGGGAGGGGGAUUCUGGACAUUACUGUGUCAAGAAGUGCUUUAUCCAGUGAAGCAAAAUUUGCACGAUUGGAACCUUAUUUGUGUUGUUCGUGUUUUUCAUCAACUUUUUAUUUUUCCUGAUCUUUGUUUGUGUGUGCUAAAAAUGUAAGCUAGAUUGAUCAAUAAGACAAAACAAAGCACAUAUAUACCCUGUAGCUCUAAGUAAAGCUAACCAGUGAACAAUUUCUGUCUGCACUUUCCAGCUGAUCUUUAUAGACCUAUUUAGAGAGAGAGAAAGAGAGAGAAAGAGUGAGAGAGCUACAUGAUCCUUCAAUUACAAUCUGGAAACCGGUAAAGGAACUGACAUUUCUGAAUUGUCCUUGACAUUUCUAGAAGCAACAGUGGAGGCUUUGAAUAUCCUCUCAGACCAUACCCUAAAAUAUAUACUUUCUUUGCAUUACCAUAUUUUGGGUGUUUUUAUCUGAUAUUUAUUUGAUAUAUUUGUCCACUAAUGCUUGAGUACACAUUGUGGGAGCACAGAGAGAUGGCAGAGCAAAUUUUUCCUUUUCCAAAUUAAAUAAAACCAUCUCUACUUGAACUGUCCAUGGCAAGUAUUGGAGGAGUAGACACAAGCAUCUUUGACAGCCUUAGGGAGAGGAGCCUCAGAGGGAGAGGGGCCUCAGAGGAUCAACAAAUGCUCCAGAAGUUGGCACAGGUGCCAUGCAUAUAUUCACUGCAUCUGCUCUUCCCAACACAAAUGGUCUCAAAGUUCCCGGGGUGGACUGGCAUCGAUAUUGAACGCUGAGAAAGUUAUUAUCCCAAUGAACAAGAGGUAAAAUAUCAGGCCAAUGUUAAUUGUAUCCUUUUGCCUCAUUCUCAAUAAACAGAUCCUGUUUCUUCAGUUUUUUAAAGUUUAUUUUUUUAGUUUGGUGGAGUUUGUUUCUUUUGUUUUUUUAAAGGUGGUGUAUUAGACAAUAUGUUGAGGAAAAUCUUGUUUGAGGAGAUCCAGGAGGAAUGUUUAUUUUAUAGAAUUUUUAACAAUAUUUAUUUAAUUUUAAAUGUGUCAUUUUAUUAUGAAUCCCCUAAGGGUGGAUAUGCAUAAGAAUUUAUCUUUUGUAAAAUUUACUCCUCUGCCACAACCAAAUAUAAUGGAAAGGCAUUUUCAGGAAAGUGGUGGUAACUACAUUGUAUUUCAAAAUUAUGGUGGACAUGUCAUUUUCAUUGUAAAUUUAUCAUUCAAGGGACAAAAUUAAAGUCAUAUAUUCUUAAAAAACCCUUAUCUGUGUUGCUUAUAUACCUCAGAUGACUAAUAUAUAAGCUAAUUUAAUAUUUAACAUUUUUGUGCAUUUUCACCUUUGAUGUGGUUUGUUUGCUUUGCUGUUUCACUUUGACAGUUACUUAAUGAAUUGGUUUCAGGUUGUUGGUUUUUUAAAUGGGUUGCAUUUUCUAGUUCCUCUUUGUGCUUUGGCAUGACUGCAAUGUUUCUAGUUGCAAAAUAUCACAGGGCUAAGUUUAAGUACAUGAACUAAAACCUAAGUCAGCAGCAACCUUUUUCUAUUAAAAUACAAUAAAUACAGUUUGGUAGACAUUGUAAAACUACUUCUUGUGUUUACAACUUGAUCAUGUCACUCAAGGAAACAGAAACUGAGGUGGGUUCAUACUCCAAAGUUUUUGAUUUCUACUAUAUUUUAAAUUUAAAAUAAAAAUACUCUGUCAAAAUAAUUUAAAAUAAGAAUUACUCAGUUUUGUUUUAAAAUUCUGCCUACCAUAACCACAUUCAGCUUUUCCCAUAUUUCAGUUCAUUUGGCUUGAAUAAGGCAAUGACAUCUUGGUUCUGACUCUCUCCUAAGAAAAAUGAGGCCAAUGGCAAUGUUUUCCUUGGAACUAUCCUCGGAAGUUUCUUAAGCCAUUGAAGCUGGACAAUCUGAAUAUCUCACUUCAUGUAUUCAACCUCAGUAAUCUUGACCCUGUUUGUGUUUUUUUAUAAAUAUGUUUAAAUGAUAGCCAAUCUUCUGAAUUUAAAGACGGUAUCUCAUAAAAUGCCACUUUCCCUCUUCUACUCUUUUGUCCUUCAUGCUAAGCUAUAGAGUUAGGACUCCUAUAUAAGCAGUUACAAUAAAUGGAAAAUGUGGAGUAAAUUCUUAUUGUACACUAAUUGCAAUAAUGAUUUUUUUUCUUUUUGUUCUUUGCAAUAUUUAUUAUUACCUUUUCCCUUUUAAUUUUGCAUCUGGGUUUUAGAACAUGCAAUCUACUUGCUAUUAGAAAUGGUAGAAAUCUUGAUGUAUUCAUAAGGUGUGGAUAUCGUGAUAUAUUUUAUGUUG